GCGAAAUACUCUAUUAGCAAAAGCCUACUACUUUUCUCUAUAAAAAAAAAAUCGGAUUAUUUGGCAUACAAUUCACAUAGGUGAUGACUAUGUCCUUUCUUUGUCUCUACUUUGUCAUCCUUCUCAUCUCUAUAUUAGCCUCUCUUUCAAUUCCUUCCUCCAGAAGAAAUUUCAUUUUGAGUGGAAUUUUUAUUUGAAGUCUUGUGUCAUGGAAUCCAACCCUCAAGAAGAUUCAAAAAGCUCGAGCGAAGAAACUCAUCGAUCAGAACAAGCAAACGAUGAUAUGGGCACUGGCCGUUCCUACGAGUGUGUGUUUUGCAAGAGGGGUUUCACUACGGCUCAGGCCUUAGGUGGCCACAUGAAUAUUCAUAGAAAAAAUAGAGGAAAGCAUAGGCCUUCUUCAAUUUCAGAUCAAGCGGAUCGUCAGAAUCAUGCAAAAUUUAAAUCCUAUACUACUGUCCAAAGCUACCCACCUCGUUAUGCUAUGAAUUCUGAGGUACCCUUAAAUUAUCAAAUAUUUUUUCCUGCAUCAUCGUGGGCUGAGAGACCGCUCCCCACACAUGAUAGCAAUGACUACUUUUAUGGAAGAAAUCUGCAACGUAUGGAUCCAUUUGAGGAUAAUAAUUGGCGAGGAAAUCUCCGUUCGAGGACUGGCCCUUCCCAUGUAGCUGAUGAGAAAGAUAAGAGAGAAGGCACAAGUGAAGAGGAUGAACUAGAUUUGGAGCUUCGACUUGGUCAUCUUCCGUAGUACAUAAUUUAUUACCUGUAUAGAAUACCUAUGAAUUAUAUCUAUGUAGUGAUAUUUUUCAUCUUGCACGGUUGUGAAUUGCUUAAGAAAUUCGAUUUUCCUUAUCUGGGAAAGAUUGUGAAUAAUUUGGUAUAGUUGUUAUCAAUGAAUCUUUUUAUGCAAUUUCAGUCAGAGGACAUGGAUUGAGAAGCGAAAUAGAUUACUGGAGUCACUGAUGCGAUUUCACUGAAGGAAGACAUUAGACCUGAUUUUAUAUCAACUUGCGGCUACAGAUUUUGAAGAUAGGUUUUGUUUCCUCAAUACGUAUCUAAGCCUUAUUUCAUUAGGGUUUUGUUUGAUGUUCUUCUGUAAAUAAACUAAGAAGAACUUUGUAUAAUAUCAUGUUUGAU